AUCAACGUAACGAAAACAUAACCUACGGCUGACUACAGCGAUCGAUCUUCUAACAAGAUUUAAUAAACUUUCAUGCUACACAUCGAGGAAUAUAUUUAACGAUGUUCCGCCAUGAGUAUGGCCUUGCGAUGGAUCGGGACCAGAAUGGGGCCUCGGUUGUAUCCUCCUACCAAGUGGAUGAUCUGAUGGAGAAACUCAAGCUGCUGAACUUCGAACGACUUUUGCUAAAGGAAAUGAAAAUGAAGCAAAUUAAUCGAUACUACUUCCUGAAAUCAUUCAACCCCGGUGAGCAGUUCUUCAUGUUUACUUCAAUAUGUGCCUGGCUGAUCCGGAAGAUAGGCAAAACUUUCGACCAACCACAAGAGUUUGACGAUCCCAACAUGGUGAUAUCGCGGAUUAUACGCGUGCUGCAAGAGAUGGAUGUCCCCACAGAUUUUCAAACUAACAAAUUGAUUCAAGGAGCAGGUCCCAUAUGCAUCUAUAUCAUGGACUGUUUGGCGACACAGGCUCUUAAACUGACCAAAUUUCAGCUAAAGCGGCCGGAAUGCAAAAAAGAAGAUGAUCCGAUGGUGGACCUAAUUGAAAACGAUUCCGAAAUUAUCCUCGAAAAGGUCGAAGAGGAGCAAAUGGCUGGGGCAAGCGAUGAAAGUGACGAUGAGGGGAAUGGAUUGUUCGAUUUGAAUUUGAUCGAUCAGAAAAGUAAAAAGAUAAUUAACAAAGAGUACAAGGUGGAUUCGUUGACAGAUAGCGAAAAUUGGCGUUUGGAGCUGGAACGAGUACUCCCACAGCUGAAGGUUGUGGUCAAAACGGAUCCAAGAGAUUGGAGGGCUCAUCUGGAGCAAAUGAGAAAUUUAAGAUCGAACAUUGAAGCGGCCACUCAAGAAACGGGAAAUCAACUGAAAAAGUUGCAAAUGGAUAUAAGUUAUGUGAUGGAAAAAAUUGAAAGCCGCGAAAAACAUCUAAAUAAUGAUCUGAAAGAGUUAUUACAUACAUACAAAGGAAUUUUAGUUGAAUUUAAUCAGAUUGAUAAACAGAUUAAGAAAAGCGACGCAGAUAAGACCGAGAAAGAGCACGAACUUUCCAAAAUUACCAAUGAGUUAGAAAACAUUAAGGUGCAGAUGGAACAACGUGGAAAUUCUAUGACCGACGGAAGUCCAUUGAUCAAUAUCAAAAAAGCUAUUUUCCGAAUAAAAGAAGAAAUUUCCGAAAUGGAUAUAAAAAUCGGUGUGAUGGAACAUGCUCUAAAUUCGGAGAUUAUAAAGCAAAGUACCCAGUACGCUGAAUUUGAUUCCUUGAUUAUGGCAGCACAUUAAAUUGAUAUUUCAAUAUCUAUAUUAGGUUUGAUGAAC